GAUGUAUAGUUAACCUUGUUUUUGUAAAUGAUUUAUAAAUGUUUGUUCUCCAAAUAUUGUACAGUUCUCACGGUAUCUUAAUACUGUUACUUGCCCUUACAGCAGUCAUCGGUGAUUAUCUUGUGGAACACCUCCGUCUCCAUCUACAUAAGGCCUUGUUCGACAACAUUACACAUGCAUUAAUCGGGGGUAUCUCGUGGCUUAUUGUGUGCAUGACAUUCCGAAAUCGUUAUACACUACAAACCCUAAUAGAGAUUGCUCUCUGUACAGUUAUAGCAUCUGGUAUAGAUCUCGAUCAUUUUUAUGCUGCUCGCUCAUUUAGUCUAAAGGAUGCAACAAGUUUGAAAAAUAGACCGGCUUUACACUGUUCUUCUGUUCCCUUGAUAGUUGUCUUCAUAUUAUUCUUAAUUUCGUACACUUUACGUGAGAGAUGGUUGCUGAGAGUUGCUCUCAUUAUUUUCACUGCAUUUUCUAGUCAUCAUACAAGAGAUGCAACUAGACGAGGAUAUUGGUUCUAUCCAUUUGGUUCAACUCCAUCAAUCCCAUACGUUGUAUAUAUUCUGUUGACCAUUCUUAUUCCGUAUUUGGUUUGUUUAAUUAUAAACUUUACUGAUAAACAAAAAAAUAUCAUUAGUCAAUCAAUUGUAAAUAUUAUAUAAAAUACAACCAUUUAAACAUU